AUGUCGCCCUUGGGGCUCCUCAUGACAGGCGCGUUCUUCGCCGCGUUCCAGGGACUUCACUGGGGGCUGCAGCUGCUGCCCACGCCUGGACCUGCUGCUCAAGACCGUUGGAAGUGGCGGAACAUCUGUGUCUCUCUGGUGCACAGCUUGCUCGCAGGGGCUGGGGCGCUGCUCGGGCUGUCACUGUACCCUCAGAUGGCCACCGACCCAAUUCAUGGCCACCCGCGCUGGGCCCUGGCGCUAGUGGCUGUCUCCACAGGUUAUUUUCUGGCCGAUGGAGCUGAUAUUCUACAGAACCAGACCUUGGGCCAGGCCUGGGACCUGCUCUGUCACCAUUUGGUGGGAGUAAGCUGCCUCAGCACUGCCGUUCUGUCCGGCCACGACGUGGGGUUCUCCGUGGUGUCUCUACUCCUGGAGCUGAACUCUGUCUGCCUGCACCUGCGCAAGCUGCCGCUGCUUUCUCACUAGGCACCAUCCCUGGCCUUCAGCAUGGCCAGCUGGGCUACUCUGGCCUCCCUGGCCCUCUUCCGCCUAGUGCCGCUAGGGUGGAUGAGUCUGUGGCUGUUCCGGCACCACCACCAGGUGCCUUCUGCUCUAGUUGUCCUUGGUGGAACUGGUCUGGUCACUGUGGGUACCAUGAGUAUCAUACUGGGUGUCUGCAUUCUAGUCAGUGAUGUCCUGCGGUCUCAGCCCCACCCAUCCACCCCGGGCACAAGGAGACCAGAACAUGUUGUGAUAGUGAGCCUGCCAGGCCUGACCACAGGGACACAUCCAUUCUCAGCCUGAAAGGCUAGAGAGAAGCC